AUGGCUCGCCAGUCGUUGCAACAAAUGGCACCUCCAAGAUCAGAUACAUCGAGUGCGCAAACCCCUCGGAACGAGCCGCCACGAUCAACAACCUUGAUUUCACAGGCAGAAACAACAUUAGACAAGCCAAAUUCGCGACUCGCAAAGAGACUUAAUGCCAAGCACAACCCCCCGGCGCGCCCGGAAAGCCCCCCACAAGCCGCAAAGCCAGCAUUGUCUUCUUUUGGUACAGGCCCAGGAACCAAGCGCGCAUACCGUGAAAAUAAAUGGAGCGAACGAGCACCGGAUUUGUCACAGAUGGAGCUGAUGAAACCUUCUGAAUUCCCACCAAGGACGAACAUAGGCGCCACCACCACAGUCGUUGGCCCAUCUGUGACAAGUCCCAAAUCCCCGAAAGCCGCAAACCAACCUGCUUCUGAGAACUCAGUCAGCUUGACCGGUCCACUAAAAGCUGGUCAAGCAAACGAUAAAGCUACGACACAGCCACAGAAGCCUGCCGUUCUCGCGCCCUCAUCCGUCAUGGCUCCUCCAGAGUCUCACUCUUCGAAAUUAAGCCCAACUAUCUCUAUUUCCUCGUCAGCUACCCAAUCAAAGCCCCUUCCACAGACCAACCUCACCCAGCCGGUCGAUUGUGUAGAUCCUACUGUCUCUACUUUCUCCCCGCGAGGUGAGGCUCCCUUGACAAAUCCUGGGCGAUCAACCUCUGCCUUUACUCCGCCGUCAUCAGCUCCCCGUCCCCCAUUGCAGGCCAAUACCAACACACCUACCGGUCCUUCGGCCUCUACUCGCACAGUCUUCCCCCCGGCUGUUCUUCCGGGAGCCCGUGCUGAGGCUACUUCAAAGAAACCUGCUGGUCUCUCGGAUUCCAUUACUGCUCCCCCACCAGCCAUUCCAACUAAGCCCCGUGCAAUGGCCAAUCUCGAGAGGCCUACUGAGAAUCGAGGCUCGCAGGACAGCCGCGAGACAAGCUCUCACGUCGGCCGUCGCCAUCUCGAUGGUCAUCACCACCUCGGCGGCCAUCUCCAUCCCGACGCUCACCACCCUCUCGUCGGUCACCGUCCUCCCGAAGGUCACGCUCACCACCUUCUCGUCGGCCAUCGCCAUCUCGAUGGUCAUCGCCGCCUCGGCGGUCGUCGCCACCCCGACGGUCACCACCCUCCCGAAAGUCACGAUCACCGUCCCCCAGUCGACCGUCAAGGUCUUCUCGCCGUGAUAUGGGUGAUUCUUACGUGCCUCGUAGCCCGUCGCCGAGUCAUUAUCCGCUUGCGUCAAGAGCUUCAAACUCAAUCGGGUUGA